UCUUUAUUUUUGGAACAAGCUCCGUCCAGAUGUACCAUUCCAAUGUGAUACAUUGUCACCAGCAAAACAGGCAAAAUCGAUACAUUUAGACGCCUGCGUGAUAGCGAAAGCACAGACCUGUGAGCGAAAGCAACGUGACGUCGUUGUACGUAACCAACCUCUUCCUCCUGCCCAUGUGGUUGUGGACAGUCGGCAAGACGAAUGUAUGGACUGAAUAAACACUGAAAGUAGUCUUCUUCAUUAUCUCUGGACCAUAACAGCCACUCUUACCAACUUCUCGCAAGUCGUCCAAGCAGGGACCAUGUCUGAUCCUAAUGAUGGAACUGUCAGUCCAGGCGAUCAGAACACUUCCUCGGCUAGUGAAGGAACACUCACGGUGACUAUUGGUGCAACAGUCCCGACUGGUUUCGAGCCCACUGCCGCAGAGGAGGUCAAGCAGAAGAUUGGAGCUGACGCAAAAAUCAGUAAGGACCGCGGCAGGAUAUACUUCCAGAUAUCCACAGAUAAACUUCCUUUGGUUCAUCACUUGAAGUCAGUGGACAACUUGUUUGUCAUCGUCAAGGAGUUUGACAAUUAUCAGUUCAAAGACACAAAGGAGGAUGCAAUGGCUGAUCUGCAGCAGUUGGCGCCCCAGCUACCCUGGAGCGACGCCCUGGAGGUCUGGAGGAUGAACAACUCCUUCAAGAAGCGUCGUGGCCGGCGGAGACCACCCAACAGCGGCAAGCCCAAACGUGGCAAGAGGGGCGAAGAGGGGGACACGCCCACCCCAGACCAAGCCAUGGAGGAGGGGGAAGGUGGCGAUGCCACAGCUCCCACUAAUGAGAAAAGCCAGACGGAAUCAGACGCACCCCACAAGACAGAGCAAGGAGAAGGCGACCAAUCAGCUGACCCAGAUAAAGAGGCGGAGGCGGAGCCAGAACCAGAGGACGAGGCCAAUAGGACGCUGAAGUUUAGGGUCACCUGUAACCGGGCGGGAGACAAACACUCUUUCACCUCAAAUGACGCGGCCAGAGACUUUGGGGGAGCCGUGCAGGAGCACUUCCUGUGGAAGGCAGACAUGACCAAGUUUGAUGUGGAGGUGUUGUUGAACAUCCACUACAAUGAGAUGGUGGUGGGUAUUGCACUGACGGAGGAGAGUCUGCACAGGAGAAACAUCACCCACUUUGGCCCCACCACCCUCCGCUCUACCCUGGCUUACGGCAUGCUCAGGCUGUGCAACCCUCAGGUGUCUGACGUGAUCAUCGACCCCAUGUGUGGGACCGGAGCCAUACCAGUGGAGGGCUCCAUAGAAUGGCAGCAUUCCUUCUUCAUGGCAGGAGACAAUAACGACAUGGCAGUCAGUCGCACCGUCAACAACGUCAAUCACGUCCAGAAGAGGAAUCAGGAAGCUGGCAGUGCGCCUCUGUCUGUGGACACGGUGCAGUGGGACCUGUGCCACCUGCCCAUGAGGACCAGCUCUGCGGACAUCAUCGUCACCGACAUGCCAUUUGGAAAGAGAAUGGGCUCCAGAAAGAAGAACUGGGACCUGUACCCCAACUGCCUUAGAGAGAUGGCCCGUGUGUGCAGGCCUGGGACGGGGAAAGCAGUCCUUCUCACCCAAGACAAGAAGUGUUUUUCAAAGGCGAUAUCCCGGAUGGGAGGGCUGUGGAGGAGGGUGCACACGGUCUGGGUGAACGUUGGCGGCCUGGUGGCCGGUGUCUACGUCCUGAAGCGAACGGACGGCGUAUUCGGCACCACUCCAGAGGACGUGCGCCCCCCUCUGGAACCACGCGGUAAAGACGGCAAAGAAGAGUCGUGACCAGGCAGAAACACACUUUAACCACCACCACCACCAUCACCUCUCGAAAGUGUCUUAUUCAGUCCUGUAGCAAAUACCGAAAGAGUUCCUAUUGCCAGGUUGUGUUGAUUUGAUGGCGUCUGAGGGGUGCACUGAAAAGGUACCCUGAAAAAAAAACACGGUUAACCCAAAAUAUAUACUUUUUAUAUUUUGUCAUUUAUUUACAUAAUUGUCCAUGUCAUUUUAUUUUAUAAACUUAAGUGUUCAAUGGAUGUCCACCGUAAAGCUUAGCAUUUACCUACAGUUUAUACAUAUAAUACAGUUACAUGGAAAGUUGUGUAGAUGAAAUACUUUUGGUCUAGUUUUAUGUUUAUAAUUUCUCAGAGUGAGCGUUCUUUUAGAAGUAACAACGAGACGUCUGGGACGUCAGAAGUGUAGAACGGGGACGCGGGGCUGCUGGUCCUGCUGUUUGAGUUAGUGUCGCAGGAGAGUUUACGGAGUGGCCCAAUCUCUAAGCUUUAUCGUAAUUGUUUAGAAGCACUCUAGAGUGCAGAUGGUUUCCCAUUGGUCCCAGCAUAAACAUCCUCUCUCUUUUUUUCCUGCUUCUGAUGUCACUAGUACUGCAAGAUUUACAGAUUGCAGAUAUUGGUCAGUUUUAAAGCAUCUGCUCUUGCGUUUUAAUCGGUCGGCAGCAUUAUUUUUCUUCAUUUUGUUUUUCAUCUGGAGUUUGAAGGAAAAAAGCCAAGCCUCUACACGCACAGUUGCCAUAUCUUUUGGAUAUUUUGAUCAUAUUUAUUUCUGGAUAAAUGGUUAGCCUGUUCACCGGGGCUCUUGGAUCACGUUGCGUUUUUUGUUGUCAGCAGACCUGGUGUAAAACCUCAUUCAUAAUGACUGUGCCAUUCACUUGAAAACUCUUGGGCUGUUUUGUCCGCAUCUGAAAUAAAGUUCUUUGUUCAUUCAGA